GAACAUGGGUCCUUGAACCUUUCAGUUCAGUCAAGGGGUCGAAAAAGGGAACGUCGUGUAAAACGACAAGACAAACGACGGGCCAUCUGCCCACUAACAUAAUUAGAUCAUGACUGAAGCCGGGGCCAUUUUCUGCUUUAUCGAAACCUGACCCUCUUUUUUAUUGUCUCUUGUCGCCGUCUUCGUUUCGUUCCCUUUUUUGCGGGUGUUGUCUCAGAAAAAAAGCCAAGACAGGUUCUUGAACUCUUUUUUGUUAUUUACUUGUUGCAUAUCUUGUUCCUUCUCUACUAAUAAUGUCCGAGAUGGUACAAGUUUUCAUGUUGAGCGUGUAGUUUUAUUAUCGUAUGUUCCUUUUUUUAUGUUCUCCCGUGGACUUGUUGAAAAUUCACGAUAGCGCCGCCUUAGUCGCUUUUACCUGAGUCGUGACGGAUCUAUCUAUAUACUGCCUCGGGUGCCCCCCGUCGAAAUAUGGACAUGAACCGUUCUGACAUGGAGAGGCUUCGGGCUGAUCUCAUACAUCGAUCAAGGAUGGAGCGAGGUGGUAGUCCAAAUGGAGGCGACGUCAACCUCGACGUCAAUGUCGAUGUCGAAGCUCAGCACAGUAUACAAGAACCUCGUUCGAGUCCCGCGCCCCUAUCACGUUUGUUGAGUCGAAGAGAACGUGCUUCAAUGACGGGACAAGCUCAUCCCGCCGAGAUCGAGAGCGUCAAGUCUCAAGACUCGAAUACAAAUCGCCUGGCGGGCUCUCGAAGAUUUGCUGUACCAGGGUUCAUGCGAAUAUGGGGACGUAACAACACCACACCACAAUCCAACGAUGUUCGCUAUGCCACAGCUUCUCCCGCGCCGCUUCUACCCAUUGCUGAACCUCAAUCGCCGACGAGACCUGAGCCUGUGGCUACACCUUCAGAUUCCCAUCGAUCGCGACGUCAACGGCGACAACGAACUCCUCCUCAAGAUCCAUUGGAAGCGCAUCUCUCUGAAAUCCUGGGUGGAUCGACUAUUAGACGGCAUCGAAGACGGAGGGAAUACCAUGAAAGAGAGCGCGAUCGCCACAGGUCACGAAGAAAUCAUCGGCGACAUCCCAAGUUCUUCCUGGGCUGUAUACCAUGGGUUCGAUCGAGGCGCAUGAGAGCACAGAUCCUGAGGUGUUUGACUUCAGGUCUGUUUCUGAUAAUUCUCGUCACUGUCUACCUUUCCCUCUCCAUGACACACAAGGUCAACACUCGCGAAAUGAACAUCAUGCUCAUUCUCGUCGUCCUGUUCGCCGCCGCCUUCUUCUUCCACGGCCUUAUUAGACUGUGUCUCCUAAUAAUUAAAAGUAAUCGCGAGGCCGCUGAGCGGGCAAAUCGACCUCCUCGAUAUCGUGCGCCUCGAUAUGCCGUACCUCCUGUUCCCAUUCCUGUUGUUCUUGCGCAGGAUGAAGAAGCUGUCGGUAUGGAGAGCGAAGCUACAAAGACACUACCACCAGCCUAUGGGCGAUGGCGCGAGACAGUGCGAGUUGACCCAGAUCGUUUGUUCUGGCAGCGCAACGAGGCCGUGGAUCUUUCUCAAAUAAGACCUAGUACUCGAGCUGGUCCCAGGCCACCGUCGUAUGUGUCUGAAGAUGGUAUAUCAUAUGUAGUCGAGGCGCAACCUCGAUCAACAGCACCAACAACUGAAGUGCCUCUACCAACACACCCAUCAGAGCUUGGUAGAGUGGCUAGGGUACCGACUGAGUAGGAAUUGCUAAGGGACAGUUUCACAGGGCAUAAUAGCGAGCAAUAUGCAUGGUUUAUAUGAAAGCGAGGACACAUUUGAAGACCCAGGGCCUCUCAGAGGCAUUGUUAAAUCCAGCGUACAUGAGCAUCUGCAGCAUUGAAAUCACAUAUUAGCGGAGUUUUACAUGGUAUUGCCGUCGAGAGGAAAUUGAGGUUUAGGCUAAAUUAUGAGAUACCAGAUAGGAAGAAGUAAUACAACAGACCUUCUCAACUGAAGUGCUCGUCGGUAAUUAGAGACCCA